UAUGAAUUGACAAACAAAGCGUCACUUUCUUCCUUGUGCGAAGGAAAGAAAUUCGGAGGAAAAAGAGAAGAAAACGAACAGUGAUGGGAGUGCUAUCCAACAAAAUUCCAAGAGACGAGCUGAAGCCCGGCGAUCAUAUCUAUUCUUGGAGGCACUCUUAUCUCUACGCUCACCAUGGAAUAUACAUGGGAAACGGAAAGGUGAUCCACUUCACUCGUGGGGCAGGGCAGGAGAUCGGUACGGGAACAGUGUUGGACCGUUUCCUUUUCAGCUCUUCCCCGACUAAUCCCUCCGACUCCCCAUGCCCGAGAUGCGGCGACCAGUCGAAGGACGCAGGCGUCAUUUCCUCUUGCCUCGAGUGCUUCCUUUCCGAAGGAGAGCUCUAUCUGUUUCAGUACGGUGUCUCGCCGGCCGUUUUUCUGGCCAAAGCUCGUGGCGGCACGUGCACGCUCGCCCGCUCCGACCCGCCCGAUGACGUCGUCCACCGUGCGGAGUAUCUCAUCCAGAACGGUUUCGGCGGCUACAACAUUUUCAAGAACAACUGUGAGGACUUUGCCAUUUACUGCAAAACGGGUGUGCUGAUCUUCACGACUGUGAGCGUAGGGCGGAGCGGCCAAGCGGCGUCUGUAUUGGCUGCCGCUAGCGCCAUUGUGUCCUCACCGCUUAGGUUUAUGACAUUGGGGUUUCCUGGUCUGACAGCUGUCGGUUGUGGAAUUUAUUGUAUUAGUCGAAUUGUCUCGGAUAUUGGAGUUCGGAGAGAUGUGACGAAAGUACCUGUGGAGAGGCUCGUUGCUCGUGCGACCCUUGAUUUGCCUGAAGUUGCAGCAGAGUUACACAAGGAAGAAUAGUCAGUUCCUUCUGAUGAUGGAUGCUCUGUAUAAAACUUAUUUGUAAGGGGAUAAAUUAUUUGAAUAUUAUGAACAACUCUGUUUGUUUUGGGGGUUUCAAGACUUUGAAAUAUUUCAUCUGUUUCUGUAAAUGGGGAUUUGACUAAUUUGUUGCUUGCUUCUGAUUGGUGGUUUCAUAGCAUUUGCAUUUUCGAUUU